AUGAAAAACGUGAUUUUGUUUUGGUAUUUUGUACUCAUUGGAUUUAUUACAUGUGUUUCCACUCAACCUCCAACAGCAUUGGACGAUUAUGUAAACAAAGUUGAUCUGUCUUAUUCAUGGUAUGAAAUAUCAGAAAAACGUUUUUCUGGUCCUGGUUAUCAAGGUUUCACACUAAAUAUGACAAGUCAGACUUGGUUAAAAUCGGCAGAUUUUAUAGGUCAAAAUUCAAACUGUCAUAUUUGGUGGCAUCAGGUCGUCAUUGUCAUACCCAUAAUCCUUAAUCCAAAAUAUGCUACAACAUCAACACUUUAUAUAAAAGAUGGAUACAAUGACAAUGGUAAUUAUUCCAACGGUGAUCAGUUUAAUUCUAUAGUUAAUUUUAGUUUAAAACUCGGUAUUGUUGGAGCAUUGUUAAACCAAAUUCCAAAUGCACCUUGUAUUUUCUCUGCCGAUCCACAACGAAAACAACGUACAGAAGAUGGAAUACUAGCCUUUGGUUGGGCACAAUAUUUACAAAAUACAUCUCAGCCAGAAUGGUUAUUACGUUUGCCUAUGGUGAAAUCUGUUGUACGAGCGAUGGAUGCGAUAACUGCGUUUGUUUAUGAGGUAUCGAAAACCGAAUUAUCAAUCAAUCAAUACAUAACAAUGGGAGAAUCGAAACGAGGAUGGACUACAUGGUUAACCAGUCCAGUUGACAAACGAAUAAUUGGUACUAUUCCUAUAGUAAUGAGUGUAUUAAAUUUUCAAAAAAAUCUGCAUCAUUAUUGGAGAUCUUUUAAUGGUUGGUCAUUUGAAUUUGAAGAUUAUUACAAUGAGUCUAUGGGGAUCAUCCACAAAUGA